UGUACGCCUUAGUGGCAGCAUGUCUUGGAUACCUCCCAACUUAGCUCAAUCAUGUACGGUGCACACCACGAUUACCGCCUGUCAGCCACAAACUUUUUUGUUCCUUCAACUUGUAACUCAAUUAUUUGGACGAUCUUUGGACUCUAAUAAUGAUUAUGGUAGCAGUGAAUACGACUUUAAUACAGAUUUUUAUAAUUUUUUUGACCAAACAUGGGGCAGUGAAAAAAUUACGCAGCGGAAUGUAGAAGAAUACGACUUCAUAAUAGCAGGUGCAGGAAGUGCAGGUUGUGUUUUAGCAAAUCGUCUUACGGAGAUAAAGAAGUGGAGAGUAUUGCUUCUUGAAGCCGGUGACGAAGAACCCGAAGUAGCCGACGUUCCUGCAUUUGCUCCAUUGCUUCAACAUUCUAGUAUUGACUGGGAUUUCAUGACACAGCCUAGUCCUCACAGCUGUUUAGCGAGACGCAAUGGACAGUGUGCUUGGGCUAGAGGCAAAGUUAUGGGCGGAUCGUCAACUAUUAACUACAUGAUUUACAUCAGAGGUAAUCCCCGCGAUUACGAUGAGUGGGCUGAAAAAGGAAAUGACGGCUGGUCAUAUGAUGAAGUUCUUCCUUAUUUCAUGAAAUCUGAAGACAAUCACGACAUACCACAUGUUGCACCUUAUGUUCAUGGAGUAGGAGGAUAUCUAAGUGUGGAAAGAUUUCAGUAUCAAGACCAAAAUGUUAUGGCAAUGUUUAGGGCUUUAGGAGAAUCGGGGCUAGAAAUUUUGGACCAAAAUUCUGGUCACCAAAUUGGAGCUAGUUUAUUAGAGACUACGACGAGAAACGGAAGACGAGAGAGUGCCAAUAUUGCGUUUAUUAGACCGAUUAGAAGGAAAAGACAAAAUCUUGUAAUUGAAACAAAAGCUUAUGUUCUCCGAGUUCUUAUUGAUCCUAAAACGAAAGCUGCUUAUGGAAUAGAGUACGAGAAAAAUGGUAAAUUAGUCCGAGCCUUUGCGAGAAAAGAGGUUAUAGUAUCAUGUGGCACCAUAAUGUCGCCCAAAGUUCUAAUGUUAAGCGGUGUUGGACCUGCCCAUCACUUAAAAAGUUUUGGAAUUCAUGUGAUUAAAGAUCUUCCUGUAGGAUAUAAUUUGCAUGAUCAUACGACAAUCGAUGGUGUAAUGUUCCAGCUACCAAAUGAAACCGCAACUAACGGAGAUGAAGAACAACAAAGAAAGGAUGUGUAUUACUACAGAGAAAAACAAGCAGGUCCUUUGUCGUCGACAGGUCCUGCACAGUUAAAUGCCUUCGUUCAAACAAAAUACGAAUUCGAACUGGAUCGACCCGAUAUACAGUACGCCAUAGAUGCCACAACUCUUGAAGACUUUUUAAAGGAUCCUAUUUUAACGGCGGAAACCAGAGUUUCGCCAAUGGCUUACUAUGACACGUUUGUUAUAAGACCCAUUUUACUAAAUCCAAAAAGUCGAGGCGUAAUUACAUUAAACGAUACAGAUCCAAUUUAUGGUCAUCCUCUCAUAUAUGCAAAUACAUUUUCAAAAGGGACAGAUUUACUAAGAAUAGUUGAAGGAAUAAAACAAGCAUUAAGCUUAUUAGAAACACACUCUCUCCAAAAGCUAGGUGCUCAAUUGGUUACCACUCCUUUAUAUCCCUGUGAUGAUUUAGAAUUUGGAACUGAUGACUACUGGAUUUGUGUAAUAGAAUCAUACACAACGACUAUUUACCAUUUUGUUGGUACGUGUAAGAUGGGGCCAAAAGACGAUGAAUCGGCCGUCGUUGAUCCUGAACUGCGAGUACAUGGUAUAAAAAGGUUGCGAGUAGUCGAUGCAUCGAUUAUGCCAAAAAUUGUAAGAGGUAAUACAAAUGCUCCCACGAUUAUGAUUGCGGAAAAAGCAAGUGAUAUUAUUAAGUCAACUUGGUUGAAGUAAAAGAAACUGCACUACUACCUAGGUGUUUAAAAAUAAUGCAUCCAUUAUCGAAUAAUAUAAUCAGUAACUUUUACAUUAACUGAAUAUUUCAAGAUUAUGUUUCCCACAACUAUAAAGUAAUAGUUCAAAACUUUGAAACUUUUAAAAAUCGUACCAUAACUUCAUUUCAAACACCCGAUAACUACUCUACAAAAAAUUUUUGAAUGUAGCGCAGAUAGUUAAUUUGAAAAAUUUGGCCAUAAAUUUUAUAUUUACGUUAAAUAUAACUGUCUAUGUAAAUAUUUUUUGUAGUUAUUUUUUUUUAAGUCUCUCUGAAAACAAUUUGAAAUUUUGAAAAUUCGCACUGUACCAAAAAGCCUAAAGGAGUAAUGAAUGUUACAAUGUUCAUUUAUAAAAGAUUUAUACAUAUUUAUUGAAAGGUAUUUUUGUCUUUUUAUUUAGAUCAGUUUUACAUUUUUUUACUUUAAAUUAACAAUUACCUAAAUUUUCAAAUUACGAUGCUGAGAUUUCAAUUAAACGGUAAAUAGUUUUUUUGUUAUGUGAAGUGGAGUGAAGUAUGUGUGGGUUAAAUUAAAAAUCCCUAAUUUCCUUUUUUGAAAUUUAAUUAAAGUGUUAUCUACCAAAAAUAAUUUAGUGGAUUUGAUAAAAAAAAAGGAAACUCACUCUAGAGUGUUAUAUUUUUUAUUUGGCUGGAUUAUCAUUAAAACAAUGAGAAACACGUAUAGGGGCAAGAGUACUGGUAACAGUAACAAUAGAUACCACAAAGAGUUACGGGAAUGUUUGAGUUUGUGUUCAUAUUUAUUACAAAUAUCACUAUAAUUUCCUGCUUAUAUUAAUAACAAAACAAAAAAUAUGGAUGCAUUUUUGACUAAUUCGUCAAAAAUGAAAUUUUAGAAGUAUUUUUUAAACAUUUAGCGUCGAGUGUGCAGACAUUGUACAUUGACCAUUAACCUAAGUGUAACAAAAUGUGUAAAGGACUUUCUUCAUAAAGUCAAAUUGAAAAGUAGGCAGGUUUUAAUAUGUUAGCAAUUAUUAUUGUUGGCAAUGACAUGCCAAGUAUUAAUUGUCGCCACAUUGAAAUGUCAGUUAUAUCAACAAUAAGUUUCGAAAUUAUAUUUAACAUAAAAUUGUCUUAUUCUUCCCAACCAUGAUUGGUUGUAUUUUCAAAGUAAAAUGAAAGCCUCUUUUAAUUAUUAUGCGAAUUGAAUUGUUGAAAUUACUGACACUGAAUGUAAGCCUACUUACACUUGACAGAUUGUAUUAUACUUUCAUUACCAGAAGCGUUGAUAAUAUUUUUACGAUUAUUGAACUCAUGUAAAU